AGCCUUUUGUAUUACCUUUCUUAUUUGGAACAUUUCCUUAUCUAUCUUCACCUCCAUCUUUUAACAGUUCCCCUCGAAACUUCUGAAGAUGGGUGGCAUUGCAUUCGGACGCUUGGAUGAUUCUUUCAGUUUAACCUCAAUCAAGGCCUAUAUUGCUGAGUUCCAUUCAACCUUGCUCUUUGUUUUUGCCGGUGUUGGUUCAGCCAUAGCCUAUGGUAAGUUGACAUCAGAUGCAGCACUUGAUCCUGCUGGGUUACUGGCAGUUGCUAUUUGCCACGGUUUUGCACUCUUUGUUGCAGUUUCUGUUGGUGCCAACAUCUCUGGUGGCCAUGUCAACCCUGCUGUGACUUUUGGAUUGGCUCUUGGUGGCCACAUCACCAUCCUCACUGGCUUCUUCUACUGGAUUGCGCAGCUUCUUGGCUCCAUCGUGGCAUGUUUUCUUCUCAACUAUGUCACAGGAGGCUUGCCAACUCCAAUCCACAGUGUGGCUUCUGGGGUUGGAGCUGUUGAAGGAGUUGUGACCGAGAUCAUCAUCACAUUUGGUUUGGUGUACACAGUGUAUGCCACAGCAGCAGACCCUAAGAAGGGAUCAUUGGGAACCAUUGCACCAAUUGCCAUUGGUUUCAUUGUUGGUGCCAACAUCUUGGCAGCAGGGCCAUUCUCUGGCGGCUCGAUGAACCCGGCACGCUCCUUUGGGCCUGCAGUUGUUAGUGGUGACUUCCAUGACAACUGGAUCUACUGGGUUGGACCUCUUAUUGGUGGUGGUUUGGCUGGCCUUAUCUACGGCAAUGUCUUCAUUCGCUCUGACCAUGCACCUCUUUCCAGUGAAUUUUGAUCUGAUUCAAGUCAUGGCCUUUGUAAUUCAUGUUUCUUGAUAAUAAAAGGAGGAAAAGCAGUUCUUGCUUUUCUUUCUUUUUCUAUCUCUCUCUUUUUUUUUUCUCUCCAUUCUAUGCUUUUUUUUUUCUUCUCUUAAUUUAUUUGUAAAGUGUGCUACUACUGUUUAAUUUGGUGAGAAUUCAAGAGGUUGGUGGUGUGCAGAAGUGCUUUAUAUAUAAUUAUCUGGGGUUUACUUUUUUGGCUUUCCUUUUAA